AUGUUCAAGCGCUUUCGCCAGAACAAGGCGCAGUCGAAACCUGGAACUGAGAGAAAGUCGAGCGACGCUUCCAUCCCCUCUCAAACGAUACCGAAUUUCAGCAUCGACGGCAAAUCUGUCGCCUAUUCAGCUGCUUCCACUGAGCUGCAGAGCUCCUCGAAUCUUCAUCCUCGCCGUCAAUCGCCGGCACCGGCACCGGCGGGCCUGGGUCUUCGAGUUCUUCAUCAGCCCGAGUUUGCAGCCUUAGAUAUCAUAUUUGUUCAUGGUCUCGGUGGCCAUAGCCAAAAGACUUGGACAAAGAAUCAUGAUCCGUCUCUCUUUUGGCCUGAGAUAUGGCUCCCUUUCGAGCCAGAUGUCGGAAAGGCACGCAUUUUGACUUUUGGAUAUGAUGCAAACUGGCGCGGUGGAGCUGGCAUUUCCAACAUUACGGAUUUCGCCAAAGAACUCUUAUAUGAGAUGCGCUUCUCCAAAGACGCCUCUGGAGAAGAUAUAGCUAUCGGAAAGAAUCCUAUAAUCUUUGUUGUCCAUAGCAUGGGUGGCUUGGUGGUUAAGAAAGCCUAUCUUCUUGGCCUGUACGACGAUAAUUACAAGGAAAUUACGAAUUCGAUAUCUGCCAUUAUCUUCUUGUCGACACCUCACCGCGGCACGAAUCUCGCCGAGACUCUGAAUCGGGUAUUAGCGGCAUCAUUUCAAUCUUCCAAACAUUUCAUCUCAGAUCUAAACAAAAAUUCUACCGCAAUAGAAGAACUGAAUGAGCAAUUUCGUCAUCUAGCACCCAGAUUGUCUAUUUGGUCCUUCUACGAAACCAUGGCAACUGCCAUUGGUCCCAAGAAACUUAUGGUGUUGGAGAAAGAUUCUUCCGUACUAGGGUAUCCAGCCGAGAUCUCGAGGCCACUACAAGCUGACCAUCACGACGUUUGCAAAUACUCAAGUCCAGUUGACUCCAAUUACCUCAGUGUCAGGAACGCUCUCAAAUCCCUUAUUACCCUGUUCCGCACUAAGGCAUUUCGAGAAGAAGACAAAAUCGAGUCAGAAAAUACUACAAACAUUCUUGAAUUGUUCCACAACUGUCAUACCUCUGAGGACGAUUACAAUAGACUUUGCCGGGACCGAAUUCCGGAUACUUGUGCAUGGUUUUUCCAAGAGUUAGAGGUUGAAACUUGGAUGAAAUCAUCCACUGAAUCACGCAUACUUUGGUACAGUGCCCCUCCAGCCACUGGCAAGUCUAUCCUUGGUGCAUUUAUCAUCAGUCACCUAAAAGAUUUGGGCCUUAAGUGCCAAUAUUUUCUAUUUAAUUAUUCUGAACAACGUAAACGGUCCAUUGCUGGGAGCUUGAAAGCUCUAGCUUUGCAGCUCGCCAAAGACCUUCCGGAAUUUAGGAAAGCGCUAAACGGUUCGUCAACAACAAGUCUAGGACUCGAGUCUACAGAUGCCCUGCUAAUAUGGCGAAAUACAUUCGAGAAGUUACUGUUCGAAACUGGACGCACUGAGCCUGUUUACUGGGUUUUUGAUGCUUUAGACGAAGCUGACUCGCCAAAGUCCUUCCUAGAGUGUCUCAAAGGCAUAGCAGGAGCCAAGAUUCCAGUGAGGAUUCUGGUUCUCAGCAGAAGCUCAAAUGCUAUUUCCGUGGGAUUUGAUCGUCUCUCUCGUGCUGAUAUCAACGUCACCAGAAUGGAAAAUCCGGGCCAGCUUCACAAUAAACGAGAUAUCGCACUCUUGGUAGAAGAAGAAAUCAGCCAUCUAGGUGGAAGUGAUCUCUUUAGACAGCACUUGAUUCAAAACAUUAUGUCGCGUGCUGAGGGGAAUUUUCUGUGGACAAAGCUAGUGCUCGAGGAGAUUUUGGGGUGCCACACUGAGGAAAGCAUUGAAGAGGUUCUACAGGAAAUCCCAGACGACAUGAUCAGUCUGUACCAACGGAUGGAACGCAUACUUGUUGAUUCAACACGAAAGUCGAAUAAGCCGCUGAUCAAAACUCUGCUUGAAUGGACAAUAUGUGCCCAGCGAUCUCUCAGUAUUCAAGAACUCUCACAGGCACUGCAGCCAGAUUUUUCGGGUCUCUUCGAUCUCAAGAGAACGAUUCAAGAGUCAUGCGGGCAGUUCCUACAUGUCAACGAUAAAGGCAAGGUAACCAUAUUACACCAUACCGCACGAGAAUAUUUCACAGGUACUUUGGAUAGCCAAUUCCACAUUGACGUUCGCCAAACACACAGGAAGCUAUUUGUUCGAGCUUUGAUUCAGCUUGAGCAGGCUGAUCUUCGAUGGCGGUUGAUGCAAAGUCAGCAUACGCUUCAAGCUAGCGAGCCGUUUGUCUUUUAUGCGGCACUCAAUUGGUCAUAUCAUCUAACUCAGAGCCACUCCAUUUCAUCAGGAGACUUGGACCAUCUUGUGAGAUUUUUCCAGAGUCCCGCAGUCCUCGUCUGGGUUCAUGCUUUAGCGCUUCUCAGGCGGCUGGAAGUCCUGGUACGGACAUCAAAGGCUUUGGCAUUGUUUGUUCAUCGGACGCGAAAAGAGGAUGUGUCAAGAAACCCCAUGCUUCAUCGGUUGUCAGAUCUUGCGUUGAUUGAUGAUUGGAUUGUUGACCUCGUCAAACUCGUUGGGAAGUUCGGCCCAACGCUUGUCACGGAGCCCGGCGUAAUAUACGACAUCGUUCCAGCGUUCUGUCCACCUAAAUCAGUGAUAUAUCGUCAGUACCAUGAUGCUAGUUCAGCCAAGAUUACGCUAUUCGGCAGCAGGGACGUCCCUUGGAACGAUAACCUUGGUAGACUUGUACUCCCGAGUGAUGCUCAAGCUUGGAAACUUGCUUGUGCCGGCAAUCAUAUCGCAGUACUUGCUUCCACAGGUGCAGUUUAUAUAUGGGACUCUUCCAACUUUACAGAAAUAGGUAAAAUCUCUCAUGGUGAGCCUGUAACAGCCAUGGCCUUGAACGAUAAUGGCCAAAAGCUUGCUACAUAUGGACUCAGAACUGCGAAAACAUGGUUGGUUACUGGAAGAAAACUGCUCUCAUCGAUACAGAAUCCUUCAAAUACGAAGGCCAUGGCAAUAACAUUCGCUGAGAAUGAUCGCAAACUGUUGGUCGGAGGCGACGAUAAUAUUAUAAGAUAUAUACGGUGCGAUAACACGGAUACAGGGUGGCAGAUAUUAAAUCCAGCCCUCCUCAAGGAAACAGGAAGGGCUGACGGUGCUAUUGUUAGCUCUCCAAUGUGCGUCUCAUUCAAUGGGGACAGAACUUUGGUUGGCGUCUCGUAUAGAGGAGCGCCACUGUCAGUUUGGAGACUCGCAGAUGGGCGGUGCCUUAGCAAAUGUAAGAGGGCUAAGGAUCUUCACAGCGAUCAACAUCGAGCUUCAUCAACUUGGUUCGCCGUCGAUAGAUUUACAUGGAAUCCCAUCACGAAUCAUGUCCUAGGCAUUUACAAAAACGGAUGCAUCUUCAAAUGGCACCCACUUACAGAUGAGAACGUAGAAGCUCGGGUUAGUGCGGAUGAGAUUGCAGCAAGUCCCAAUGGCAGAGUAUUCGCGACCAGCAGCAGUAACGGCUCAGUUCGCAUCUGGAAUUUUGCAUUUUUUACCGUAAUUUACCACCUUUCCUCUGAGGAUCUUGUCACUGGUUUGACAUUCAGUCCCGAUAGUGGUCGGUUCUAUGAUCUCCGCGGUAGCUCCAUCAAUGCCUGGGAAUCAAACACCUUAACACGCUUUUUGGAAAGUGAAGAAAGUAUAAGUGAUACGAACAGUGAAGAUCAAUCCUUCGCAGUUCUUUCGAGACAUUCUGAGUCGCAGAUCAAACACUUCGAACCCGUUACAGCACUGGCCCCAGAACCCAAUGGGUCAUCGUAUUGUGUGGGCUAUGAAGAUGGGACCAUUGUGCAGUUUCAAAGGGGCGCAACUGAAGGAGUUGAAUUUGCUCAGUUUCACAAUUUUCUCAAUGUCUCUCACAUUAAAUGGAGUGCAGAUGGAAAAUACGUUGCUAUGGCCGACUUAGCUGGUGAUAUCCAGGUGAAGUCGCUGCAUCGGGAGGCCAAAAGGAAGCUAAAGAUAUUGCCACUUCCUUCUCCACGAAUUGACCUUGAAGGCAACAACAUUGAGGAAAUCAUUUUCAGCCUCGAUAGCGCACUGCUUUUUGUCUCUACACGAAAGAAGAGCUUUGUUUGCAGUAUCAAGGAUGGUACAGUGCUGUGUUCGUCAGCCGUUGACGCGGCAAUCUUUCGCCGUUGGUUGCCUCAUCCUACAAAGCCAAACUUAAUUCUCGCAUUUGGACCUGCCAAUGUACUUACCCAAACGUGGGAUAAGCUUGAAUACCUAAGGUCUUCAAGUUAUAGUCAGUUACAAGAGUUGGGGCCAGGAAAAUCCAGUGACACAACGGAGGUUCCAACGAUGAGAAAUUCAGCUCAAUUAACGUAUGACAUCGAGUCAGUGGUUUCCAGAGUUAUAUUGACGCAAGACGCUAAGCAUGUUCUCGUAAACGUCAAAACUGUUACCUAUGAUAGGAAAACUAAUCAUCAGACAUUCAUCUUCCCUGUCGAUGUCUUGGAGAAGGACGAAUCUAACAGCGGGCUCUCUUCAUCUUUGCCCUAUUUUCAUAUCCCUGCCAGUAUCUCUUCUCAUGUCAAGGUACCAUUGGGUGUUUUACCAGGAUUAAAGUUUAUUUUUCUGGAUCAUGACCUCUGGCUUUGCGGCUGCCACCUUGAAUCGAUGUCCCAUAGCGACACCGUAGAGUCGUAUGAUCGAUUCUAUUUUAUCCCACGCGAUUGGGUAGGAAGCACCAGCAUUGAUAAAUGUCGACUAACAGAAGAUGGUACGCUGUUUUGGCCCAAGGACGAUCAUGUUGUGCUGAUCAUGAGCAAUCUUGAUGAAAUAAGGUUGAAUUAUCUGCAUUGA